UAAAUAUUGGGUUGUGAAAGCCAUACUAGGGGGUAACUGCUUAAGUUACUACCAGUAAGGUGAAAGACAAAAUUAUAUAAAUCUUGAAUAUUGUAUUGCAAACUUACGGCCUUAUAGUGCAAUACCAGUUAUUUCCGAAAUGCGUCGGUUCAGUCACUUCUGAGGGACACUUGUGAUAUGACAUUAAUAGCACUACUGCAACUUACAAACAUUGCUUGAAGCAAAGCGAGCCGCCCUGAGGUUCGAUAUGCGCUUUGUGUUCUUUUCCGCCAAAGUGGCUAUGCUCAGUACUUAUUGCGUUGUCGUCUUGGUUAUUCAUUGUUAGUGGGAAAGUGUAAUUCCGCUGUAACCAAGAAGAAGAAAUACAUACGGUUGUUACCGAAUCAGUAGCGAGUGCAGAUUAUUUCGUGUGUAGUGAUGCUUGUGCGUAUGCUGCAUCAAGUUUCUCAGUGAUUGGUCCACCGAAAGGAGUUAGAUUUGGAACGCCAAUACUAGUACAUCGUGAGAUGGCUGAAGAAGAAGAAACCGGAAAGGAAUAUCGGUGGGAAACUGGAUAUGAAAAGACUUGAUGGCCAUCGUCAAAAGAUCAGUGUGCAGUUCCCAUUUCCAAGUGGUGCUUUGUUUGGAUCAUCCUUCUUCGUGUGCAAAUUCGGCUCGGGCAUACAAGUUCAGUGAGAAGCAGAUGGGAAGCAAUCAAGGAAGAUGAGGAAGGUCUUCUUGAAGGAUCUGUUGCGGAUAUCAUCCAAAGAGCAAAGAGACGAAGACAGGCAGACAGGCGUGGAAAUGUUCGUCUUGGUAUGAUGAGACAUCUUUACCUAAUUGUUGACUUUUCAGAAGCAAUGUCAAAUCAAGAUCUGAAACCAACAAGACAUCUUUGUUCCAUUAAGCUUUUAGAAUCUUUCAUCGAUGAAUUUUUUGACCAAAAUCCAAUUAGUCAGCUUGGUAUAAUCAUAACAAGGAACAAGCGAGCUGAAAAAAUUACUGAACUUGCAGGCAAUCCAAGAAAACAUAUAAAGGCAGUAAGACAGCUUGCAGAAGCAACAUGCAGUGGGGAACCUUCUCUUCAAAAUGCUCUAGAACUGUCUCUGAGGUCUUUGCGUCUUCUGCCAUCCCAUGCAAGCAGGGAAGUCCUUGUUAUAUUUGGUAGCCUUACUACUUGUGAUCCUGGAGAUAUAACAGUCACCAUAGAGUCUCUGAAAAAGCAAGGUGUACGGUGCUCAGUAGUGGGCCUAGCAGCAGAAGUACACGUAUGUCGUCGCCUAAGCCGAGAGACUGGGGGUGAGUUUGGUGUUGUUCUCGAUGACUGCCACUACCGUGACCAACUUUUUAUGCAUGUUGAGCCACCACCAGCUGCAUCCUGCCUGGAAUCUUCACUUAUUAAAAUGGGCUUCCCACACCACACUACAGCAGAGGGGAAAGAAACUCCUCUCACCAUCUGCAUGUGCCAUUUAGAUGUACCAGCAGCAGAAGCCAAAGGUGUGAGCCAUAGUGGAGCAGGAUACUUCUGCCCUCAAUGUUGUAGUCGAUAUUGUGAACUGCCUGUUGAAUGCCGAGCAUGUGGGCUCACACUUGUCUCUGCACCUCAUUUGGCCCGUUCUUACCAUCAUUUGUUUCCUGUGGAAAAUUUUGUUGAAAUGGAACAAAAUCUUGAUCUUCACAAACAGUGCUACGCCUGUCAGAGGUCAUAUGGAGAUCAUGAUAAACAUGUGUAUGAGUGUGGGCGUUGUAGCCAAGUGUUUUGUUUGGACUGUGACUUGUUUAUCCAUGAUACGUUGCAUACGUGUCCGGGAUGUGCUACAAAUCAACAGACUUUCCAUCUUAUGGGAAGCGGUGAUAAUGGAAGUUCACUUUCUGUGAAUUUAAUAUGAAUAAAGACCGAGAUACUUGAUGCCUGAGUCCGAAUCAUGUUAUUAUUUUUAUAAUGUAUUGGUAUUUAAAUAUGUAAUUACUUAAUUUGAUCAGAUCAUUUUUGGAACUGUUUUUUAUUACAUUCUUUUGGCCCUGAGGUUACAUGAAUGAACACUAUAUGAAUUUGUGUGUUAUAUUACAUUUAUGUGGAGUGCAGUAGCACUGCAGUGUUUACAUUUUUUUCCUGUGUAGUUGCAAAGAGACAAUUAAUUGAUCCAUAGGAUCUUUUAAGUGUCCAGUACUUUUUAAAACGUUUCUGUA